AUGAAAAGACCAAGCCGUUGGUUGUGGGUAUGGGAUCUGAUCGGUUUUAUGGUUUUCCUCUGGAGUCAGAUAGCGCUCGUGGAUGGUGCGAUGUCCCGCAAACAGUUGAUCAACUCGAUGGAUAUGAUGCGUUCGGCCUGUGCUCCCAAGUUUAAAGUUACCACCGAAAUGCUGGACGAUCUGCGUAAUGGGAUAUUCGUAGAGGAUCGUGAACUGAAGUGCUACACGCUGUGUAUCGCACAGAUGGCAGGAACGAUGAACAAAAAGGGUGAACUUAACAUCCAGAAAACGCUCGCCCAACUGGACGCCAUGCUCCCGCCGGACAUGAAGGAAAAGGCUAAGGAAGCGGUCCACGCAUGUCGCGAGACGCAGGGUCGCUACAAAGAUUCUUGUGACAAAACAUUUUACUCGACCAAAUGCCUCGCCGAGUACGAUCGCGAAGUGUUUCUCUUUCCAUAGUUGCGGUCCGUAGGGGAUCCGCUCCAGCAAGUCUCGUCCCGUCAUCAUCAUGGCUGGGUUGGCGCUUGAUCGUCUUAUUGAUGCGAUCUAGCACUGGGAUCGCAGAGCAACCAGCAGGCAGCACGCAGAAGAGCAACAGCAGAAGCAUCAACUCACGGCAACCCCUCGCGCACGGCACAUAGAGCAGAAUAGCACUGACGGUGAUGGGACAGCAUAGAAAGAAUGGGGAAAAGAAAUAAACGA